UCUCUCUCUCUCUCUGGUUUCAAAAUUUUGAAAUUAUCCCUCCAAGUCCAAACCCCAGAUGCCGCCACACUCAACAACUCUUUUUUAACGGUCCCCUUCUCUCUCUCUCUCUCUCUCUCUCUCUCUCUCUAGGGUUUCACAGAUCCACGCCUUCAAUCCCUUGUAAUCACAUGGCGUUGCCUUCCUCCGAGUCUAAAGAAUCCUAUUGCAGGAAGCAGAAAUCCCUUGGUCUCUUAUGCACCAAUUUCUUGAGCUUGUACAACCAAGACGGCAUCGAAACAAUCGGACUUGAUGACGCUGCAACUCGAUUAGGAGUUGAGAGACGGCGGAUCUACGACAUUGUUAAUGUACUCGAAAGUGUUGGUGUUCUGGCAAGGAAAGCCAAGAAUCGAUAUUCGUGGAAAGGGUUUGGAGAAGUUCCAAAGGCUCUGGAGGAAUUAAGGGAAGAAGGUUUGAGGGAGAAUGGAAAUGACUAUACAAGAGUUUCUGAUGAUGAAGAAGAUGAAAACAACCCCACUCCAAUUACUUCCAGCCAGGAAGAGAAAACAAAUCCUAGUUCUCAUACUAGAUUCUCAAUGGCAUCCAAAACUGACAACAGGAAGGAAAAAUCUUUGGGACUUCUUACCCAGAAUUUUAUCAAGCUCUUUCUUUGCACUGAUGUUGAUUUGAUCUCGCUUGAGGAAGCUGCUAAAAUAUUGCUUGGGGAUGCCCGUGAUCCGUCAACAAUGAGAAGUAAUUCUGCAGCUAAAGUGAGGCGGUUAUAUGAUAUUGCAAAUGUGCUGUCUUCGAUGAAUUUCAUUGAGAAGGUCCAUCAUCCAGACACAAGGAAGCCUGCCUUCAGGUGGUUGGGAAUGAAAGAGAAAUUGGAGGAUGGAUCUGCAAACUCUUUUGUUCCUAUUGAGUCCAAGAAAAGAACAUUUGGGACUGAGAUCACGAACACCAGUUUUAAGAGAACCAAGUUAAUUGAUGGGAAUUUGAACCAGAUUACAAAGCCCCAAAUGCAAAUGCAAAUGCAGGUGAAACUGGAGGUUUGGGGGAAUGAGUUCGAUAAGACCAAUUUGGAAAGGGAUUCAAGAGAGUGUCCAAAGAGUUACCAGUUUGGUCCAUUUGCUCCAGACAGCGUGUCGAAAGCUAUUGGUGCUAAGAAUAAAAAAGUGAAACAGGUUCAUGACUGGGAAAGUCUAGCCUCUACGUUUCGUCCUGAAUACCAUAACCAAGCUUUGAGGGAUCUCUUUGAUCAUUAUCUGGAAGCAUGGCAAUCAUGGUGCUCUGAAGUUGCCGGGAAGAAGCCAAUACAACUAAUGUCCUAACGACUUCUGCAUUCGCGCUCUAAGUUCACUUAACUGAUCGAUUACACAACCAGAUGACAGAUAUUAUUCUUAGCAAUCCUUUUUCUUUAUUAGUUUUUCCUCAGUUCUUUGUUUUCGAGUAUUAGGAAAGAAGAGAUGGCCUCAUUGACUGCAUAAUCUCUAUGCAUCAACUUGGAAAGGCGAUACUCUGGAGUCAACUGGAUUCUAAGAUGAGAUUCUAUUUGUACUUUGCCAAAUUUGUGUUUUCAUUUGCUAAACCUAUGAUAUUACGACCAUUUUCCCAUGAUGUAUCUAUGGGGGAUGAAAAUAAAAUUCCUUGCAUCUUUUUCAUGACAUUGUGACCAUUUUUGCGAUAUGUAUUU